UGUUCAAAUAAAGUUUGCCACGUUUUUAGGGGGCGGUAAGGGGACGGUGAGUUCUCCAACUUAAUUGCCUUGUUUUUUUCCGAUCUCGUAUAUGGGCUUGCCGUAUUUUCCAGGAAAAGGACGAAUCUAAGCUUUGAGGAACUUUGCCGCAUUUCAGAGUUGAGUUUGUUUGACGUCUGGUGAUAACAAUAAACUUUCCAAAAAAUGAGUCCGAUUAAGAGCUUGAAAGUUACAUACGACGCAAUUAACGAGAACAAUACUUUCAGUAGUGGUGGCUUUAUUUCUGGGCGCGUUACUCUUGAAGUUGAGAAGGAAACGAAGAUCAAUUAUUUUUUAGUUAAAGCAAAAGGUAAAGCAAGUGUCCUAUGGAGUCAACGAAUUGGCACGGUUAAUAUGGUUUUCUACGACAAAGAAACCCUCUUCAAGUCGAAACAUUUCUUUAUAGCUGAGAAGAAAGAUGAAGAUUCUGACGUUGUUCAUCCAGGAUGCCAUGUAUACCCAUUCUCUUUUCAAAUACCUCAGCAGGACAUGCCAUCAUCCUUCAAAGGUGAAGCUGGAAAAGUGGUUUACUUCUUAGAGGCAAAAUUGACCAGGUCUAUGCGGAUGUCCACCAAAGACAAAGCUGACUUCACUUUUUUGUCCCUGACAGAUAUUCCUGUUACAGACAUGAAAUCUCAGUUUGGGACAGCAGACAAGAAUUUGAGGUUUCUUAACUCUGGAAAUAUCUCAGUUAAUGCAACCAUUGACGGGAUGAAAUAUUACCCGGGAGCUGAAUUGAAGAUUAUGGCAGAGAUUCAGAAUAACUCUUCUCGUGCCAUUAAACCCAAAUAUAGCCUGUACCAGAAACAAAGUUUCUUUGCACUUAAAUCGAGUCGGGUUCGCGAUGUAGAUAUUGUCAAAGAGGAAGGAGAGCUAAUUGAGCCAUCAUCAAAUCAAAAUGUGAGCCUAUCACUAAGUAUCCCGUCAGAUGCCAUUCCCUCCAUUCUCUCCAACUGCAAGGUCCUCAAAGUGGAAUACAAACUCAAGGUCUAUCUUGAUAUCAAGUACUCCAGAGAUCCGGAGAUCAAGUUUCCAUUGGUCAUCACUGCUGCCCCACAGAACACAGCUGGAGCAGCAACAUCAGAGGCCUUGGAAAGAACAGAGCCACCUCCUCCAUAUAAUAGUCUAUACCCAACCCUACCCAACCCAUCAGGGAGUUCUUAAUGGGUAACAUGUAAUCUGUAAUGGGUCCUACACAUGCGAACGGAUGUAGACUAGAUCUUGUAUUAUCAAUUGGUCUUCCUAUCCCUAACAGGGAUGUAUGCAGUGCUAUUUCUCUGACCAAAGGCCUGUUCUCUGAUCACAUGUCUUGACUGUACUGACUCCUUUCAAAACCAUGUAAAGUAAAUCCAAAUCUUAAGCAUGGUUGAAUGGCAUUACUCGUGCUGCUAGACGAAAAUGUAAGAGGCCCAGUGGCAUAAGUUUCCAUGGUGACUUGUCCCCACCAAUAUUUUGUCCCUACCAAUAUUUUAGCGAGCUCAUUUGUAUCAUGUUUGCUGUGAAGAUAUAGCUUAUUCAUUUUCAUAUUCUCAUAAAGUGUAUAUCUCCAGGACAACCAGUUUAGACAUGCUAAACUAUCAUUUGAGUGUCUGAAACCGAAGGGGAUUUAUCAGAUGCUCACAUGAAAGUGUCAGAGCACAUGGCUACUUGUUGCGUUCGUGGCAGACUCAGAGAAGACAAGCAAAGGGGCAGAUUUAGCCAUUACAUAGGAGUAGCUUUACUACAAACUGCUUUUCCCUCUUCCUAGAGAAUGUUUACAAUGUCAAAAUGCACCAACAGCAUGUUACAUGCAAGGACGAUUUGUGGGUCCUCUCAAUCUCCACUAUGCAGCUCAUCUACUGGAAUGUUAUGCUACCCUGUUUAAUUGGGAACGCAACUUGAGCGCACAUGAAUGGGAGAGAUAGUGGCAGGUUUGUCAUUGUUAUGGGGUUGUGUUCCUACCAAAGCUGAAACCAAACCUACGCCCUUGAGGAAGGUUGAAUGCAAGUGGGGGAAAAGACAAAGGUGUCUUGAGAUAUUAACAGCUUGAGACAGCUGGUGUACAAUAGGAUUCAUUUUAAGAUCUUACAGUUAAAUUAUACAUCUUUCAGAUCUGUUACAUAAAUAUACCCCAGCAAGAAUACUCAGACCCUCCUAACUGUCUUCCUAAACUUAUUGUUUUUACCUGAUUAACUCUAUGAAGCAUUAAGUUCUUGUUUUGAUUUCUCUGUUUGUUUUGUCUUAAUGUACAGAACUAUGGUCAACUGCUGUUGUAAUCUAUAAUAUUCUAUUGUUUGAUAUGCUUUUACAUUUACAUUUAUUAAUUUAGCAGACGUUUUAUUUAUCCAAUUUGUCAAUUAUGUUACAAGGGCCACUGUUGCCGGAGCAAUUCAGUAUUAAGUGCCUUGCUCAAGGGCACAAUGGUGGAGGCUGGGUAUUGAACCUGUACUUUUGUUAGUUUGUUUGUUUGUUACUAUUAUUGCUGUUAAAUAAACAUUUCAUUAUUAUAUUUUAUUA